AUGGGGUUUUAUAAGAAGAGAGAAACGGGGUUUCUUUGGGUGGGUCCGUUUGGUUUCACCCAAAAUCUAAAACAAAUGAAAGCAACACAUUCCAUGGAUUUGGAGAGAAAGCUAGAGGGAGUUGUGGUGGAAGUGUCAGAUAUAUACGCUGAGGUGCUGAGGAGAGAAACAAAGAAAAAGAGAGUUUCGAGUCAGAAAGGGAACUGA